GCGGGAACUUUGCUGAUAUUCCAUACAUCAACCAUCGAAGAGGCUGAUAUUGACAAGAAGCUGUUGGCUGUCGUGAUAUAUCACUUCUUUGAUACAUGGCUCCCCUAUCAUUUAACCUAUACCACUAAUUGCUGUUUGACACUGUGCUACACUCUUUUCUCAACCCGGCCCACAGGCCAACCUCUCACAUGCAUGGAUAAGAAACAUCUGCUGAUUCUCGUUAUAACGAGUUUUGCCUCUUGGCUGCUUAUUGUUCUACUUGUCUUUGCUACCUGGAAGGCUGCGGACUGGUUUGGUCAAGAGCCUACGGACGUCGAAACCGCUCGGGUUGAGCCCGACAUUCCACCCGCUAUCCCAAAGGCCAAACACGUUCGUUUUUCAGCUACAGUUGAAUUCAUCUAG